AUGAAUAGAAGUUUCCGUCAAAUACUAUCUGCAGCAGGAAGAGUUGACAGAGGGCCGCCAGUAGGGUCGACAGACAACCAACCGAAGAAGAACCCACGAUUGCCGGCAUGCGAACCGUGUCGGAUAAGCAAAAUAAAGUACGUCGAAACAGAAUCACGCCAAGCCAAGCGAAAGUACGAAGAUCUGCGAAAGAAACAGUCUGCACAUGAAGAGUUGCUCGGACUCAUGCAAACACUACCUGAACAGGAUGCAUUCGAUAUUUUCAAACGAGUAAGGGCCGGAGGAGACAUUGGCGCUAUCUUGAAUCACUUUAGAGACGGCGAUUUGUUGUUGCAAAUGCAGCUUGUACCAGAAACCAGACUCCGAUAUGAGCUUCUUUACAGUCGCGAUAUGCCGGCAUUGCUACUGACAUCUUGGAGCCCCUAUCUCGACUCAUUGAUCUACGAAGUGGUUUCACAGCGUGCCUUACACCCCAAGGCGCACGAGCCUACAACGACGGAGCCUCAACAGUCUAUCAUUCCAGCAAAAUCUACACAGACGUAUCAGGACAUGUACGUGAAGGCAUACCAUGCAGCAAUAUUUGUAGAGCCCCGCCUCGAAAAUACGAGAAUUUCGGAGUGGACUACGGUUUGCGGGGAUGAAGGACUUAUGCGAAAGCUACUGGAUGCAUAUUUCACACGUGAAUACCACCUCUGGCCAGUGUUUCACAAGGACUACUUCUUGGAGGAUUUAUCAAGUGUUAAAUCGCUCAAUUCGAAGACGUCCAGCAGUUUCGCAUCGCUAGUGAACGCCACGCUAGCAUAUGCAUGCGUAAAUAUUACGAUGCCAAGGAGGAUUUGGGAAAUGCUCUCUGUCAGCGGCAAAAAUCGCAAUCUUGCGUCGGUCCAGGCUGCGAUGAUCAUCAAUAGCGUCUACAACAUCUACGGCUUAGACAAGCUUGGUAGUGCCUACGGCUUGAAAGGUCUUGCUAUUGCUAAAGAUCUGAAGCUGUUCGAUGGAAAUGCACGGGUUAAGUCUGAGCGAAAACGCAACGCUAGGAACUUUUCUGCAUGGUGUCUCUUCAACAUUUAUAGAGUGAUAGUCAUACCCGUUCUGGAUCAUCCACCCAAGGUUCCACCUACUGAUCCUUCUACGAACUCGGCCUGGUACGGCGAGAUAUGGACCAGGUACCCGCUGAGUCAAACAUUGUCGCCGACAUAUCGUGGGUAUUACUUCAAAGCUAUAGCUGACUUCAGGGUAAUCCUUAACGAAUUGUCUCAUGCGUCGUUCGGCAAUAAUUCAACAUUCUCAGCGCAGCAAGCAAUGAUAUUCGUGCGUCGGUUUAUGAGUUGGUUCAAGGACCUCCCUACGGUUCUCAAGCCAAAGAAUAUUGUACUCCCAGCUCACUUUCUCAUGCACCUCGAUUAUCAUAUGGUCAUCAUGACGAUUUGCCAGCCUUUUAUCGGUGACCAGUGCAAUGACGAGUAUGCUCCCAAAGAUAUUGUUCUGAACGCAAAGCGCGACAUCAAUGCCCUCGUACGACUCUACUAUACUCGAUACGGCUUCACAGCCGCUAAUGUCUACUUAACAUCCCCACUCUCAAAACUUGAAUUGGAUCGAUCGAGUCUCCUUCUGGCUCUCGAAGGCCUGCGCGAACAAGGCCGCAAUUACUACAUGACAAGGACGAUAUACCACAUUAUGAAGUCCCAGCUCCGACCGGAAGAAGCAAGACUUCUACAGGGUUUAGAGACGCCGGAAACGUCAGCUGAUGAGAGUCCUAGUCUGAUGGUUGAGACACAGUCAGGGUGGCAUCCCCGCAUCGUUGAUAUUUCGGACGUCCCCGUCGACAAAGAACUCUCAAAGCUAGCAACCCAGUAUUUAAAACUUGACUCGGGUGUGCAGAGCGACAGUGAGGUGGGUAGUAGUCCGGCUCCCUCAAUCAGCACUUGA